GUAAGCACAGAGCGCACCGACACAGACAGCAGCAUGCAGGACCAGGAGCACAAGCAUUGUCCCACACAGGGCUACCUGGGGGCAUUUAAGCACUUUGCCACACAAGCCAUCCACGAAGGGCAGGAGCCUGAGCAAUGGAAGUCUCUGGCAGUGGUGCCACCCAUCUCCCUCUCCACCACCUUCAAGCAGCAUGGCCCGGGAGAGCAUGGGGGUUACGAGUACAGCCGCAGUGGAAACCCAACAAGGCACUGUCUGGAGAAAGCAGUCGCUGCCCUUGAUGGGGCCAAAUACUGUUUGGCCUUUGCAUCCGGUUUGGCUGCCACAGUUAACAUUGCCCACCUCCUGAAACCUGGAGACCAUAUCGUCUGCACCAGCGAUGUGUACGGAGGUACAAACAGAUAUUUUAGAAGAAUUGCAGUAGAGUUGGGCCUAAAGGUGACUUUUGUUGACUGCUCUAAAGUGAACUGUUUGGAAGCUGCAAUCACACCAGACACCAAGCUUGUGUGGAUUGAAACCCCAACGAACCCGACUUUAACGGUUAUUGAUAUAAAAGCUUGUGCGGAUGUCGUUCACAAACAUCAAGACGUCCUCCUGGCUGUGGACAACACGUUCCUGUCCGCCUAUUUCCAGCGGCCUUUGUCUUUGGGAGCAGAUAUCUGCAUGUAUUCAGCAACCAAAUACAUGAAUGGCCACAGUGACGUUGUCAUGGGAUUGGUUUCUGUAAACUGCGACAAAGUCUACGAAAGGUUAAGUUUUCUUCAGAAUGCUCUUGGCGCUGUCCCAUCCCCGUUUGAUUGCUACCUCUGCAACCGUGGACUGAAGACCUUGCACCUCAGGAUGAAGCAGCAUUUCCACAGUGCUCUGGCCUUGGCCAUGUACAUGGAGAAAGAUCCUCGUGUCGAUAAAGUCUUGUUUCCAGGGCUGCCAUCUCACCCACAGUAUGAAAUCACCAAGCGUCAGUGCACUGGAGUGUCCGGGAUGAUCACCUUCUACAUCAAAGGCAACUUGGAGCAUGCGACGAUCUUCCUCAAGAGCUUGAAGGUGUUUACACUGGCUGAAAGCCUUGGUGGAUAUGAAAGUCUGGCCGAGCAUCCAGCCAUCAUGACUCACGCCUCAGUGCCCGAGGAGGACCGAGCUGCCCUGAACAUCAGCGACACCCUCAUUCGCCUCUCCAUUGGGUUAGAAGACACAGAAGACAUUAUAGGAGACAUAGACCAAGCAUUACAGGCUGCGCACCCGGACAUGACCAAUCCGACCAAGGUGCCAGAUCUGUUACAGCAUCUGAAGUUUAACUGCUGAAGAUUGAUUUAACAUUCCCGAGCCGGUUUCCUAGUAAUUUAAAAUAUUAACAUUGGACCUGACACAUGCCACUUUUAAUUAUCAGCUAAUUGUUUUCAUGAUCACUAUUCAACUUUCAGGAUGACAGACCGAACUGGAUGGACAAAUGUCUUUUUUUUUCGGCCUUAUGUACUAUGUUGCUCCAGAGCUGCACUCUCUAUCCUGCUGGUGGAGUUACUGUGUACAUUCAUUACAUUACUUAUUCUGAAUUACAUUCUAUAUUAUACUCCAGAGCUGCACUCACUCUUCUAUUCUACUGUGAAAUCGGUAUGUACAUACCCUACCCUCCCUGAUCUAGAGUUACAGCCUAUUUUAUACUCCGGAGCUGCAGUCCCAGUUCUACCAGUUGUUAUGGGAAACAACAGACUUGUGAACAGAUGCCCCAAAGCAUUCGCCAUGAUGCUGAUUUUUGCAGUUGCAUAGAAGCCAAAAUCCCGUACUACUUAUGGAGAAGGAAGAAGGCGCUGGAAUCUGUAGGGCACACGGUCACAUGAUUGAAUCCUACGUCUUAGUACGUCGUCCAUAUAGCCAAACCUCAAUAAAUCUCAGUAUUGUCACACAC